GCUUCCAGACAAGCUGCAGGAAUUCCAGGGAUUACUCCAACUGAAGAAAAAGACGGUAAUCUUCCAGAUAUUGUGAAUAGUGGAAGUUUGCACGAGUUCCUGGUUAAUUUGCAUGAGAGAUACGGGCCUGUGGUCUCCUUCUGGUUUGGCGGGCGCCUUGUGGUUAGUUUGGGCACUGUUGAUGUACUGAAGCAACAUAUCAACCCCAAUAAGACAUUGGACCCUUUUGAAACCAUGCUGAAGUCAUUAUUAAGGUAUCAAUCUGGUGGUGGCAGUGUGAGUGAAAGUCACUUGAGGAAAAAAUUGUAUGAAAAUGGCGUGACUAAUUCUCUGAAGAGUAACUUUGCUCUCCUCCUGAAGCUUUCAGAAGAAUUAUUAGAUAAAUGGCUCUCUUACCCAGAGUCCCAGCACGUGCCCCUCAGCCAGCAUAUGCUUGGUUUUGCUAUGAAGUCUGUUACACAGAUGGUAAUGGGUAGUACAUUUGAAGAUGAUCAGGAAGUUGUUUGCUUCCAGAAGAAUCAUGGCACAGUUUGGUCUGAGAUUGGAAAAGGCUUUCUAGAUGGAUCACUUGAUAAAAAUACAACUCGGAAAAAACAAUAUGAAGAUGCCCUUAUGCAACUGGAGUCUAUUUUAAGGAACAUCAUAAAAGAACGAAAAGGAAGGAACCUCAGUCAACAUGUUUUCAUUGACUCCUUAGUACAGGGGAACCUUAAUGACCAACAGAUCCUAGAAGACAGUAUGAUAUUUUCUCUGGCCAGUUGCAUAAUAACUGCAAAAUUGUGUACCUGGGCAAUCUGUUUUUUAACCACCUCUGAAGAAGUUCAAAAAAAAUUAUAUGAAGAGAUAGACCAAGUUUUUGGGAAUGGUCCUAUUACUCCAGAGAAAAUUGAGCAGCUCAGAUAUUGUCGGCAUGUGCUUUGUGAAACUGUUCGAACUGCCAAACUGACCCCAGUUUCUGCCCGGCUUCAAGAUAUUGAAGGAAAAAUUGACCACUUUAUUAUUCCUAGAGAGACCCUCGUCCUUUAUGCCCUUGGUGUGGUACUUCAGGAUCCUAAUACUUGGCCAUCUCCACAUAGGUUUGAUCCAGAUCGGUUUGAUGAUGAAUUAGUAAUGAAAACUUUUUCCUCACUUGGAUUCUCAGGCACACAGGAGUGUCCAGAGUUGAGGUUUGCAUAUAUGGUGACCACAGUAUUGCUUAGUGUAUUGUUGAAGAGACUGCACCUACUUUCUGUGGAGGGCCAAGUUAUUGAAACAAAGUAUGAACUGGUAACAUCAUCAAGGGAAGAAGCUUGGAUCACUGUCUCAAAGAGAUAUUAAAAUUUUAUACAUUUAAAAUCAUUGUUAAAUUGAUUAAGUAUGAGCUCUAAAAUGAAUAUUCUUGAAGAAAGAAAUUAUUUUGCAGAAGUUGGGGAAUCAUGUUUGUUGAAUAUGCGUAAAAUAGAAACAUAGGCCCGGCGUAGUGAUUCAUGCCUGUAAUCCUUGCACUUUGGAAGGCCGAGGUGAGUGGAUCAUCUGAGGUCAGGAGUUCAAGACCAGCUUGGCCAAUAUGAUGAAACCCCGUCUCUACUAAAAAUAGAAAAAAUUAGCUGGGCAUGGUGGCGCAUACCUGUAAUCCCAGCUACUCAGGAGACUGAGGCAGGAGAAUCGCUUGAACCUGGGAGGUGGAGGUUGCAGUGAGCUGAGAUUGCACCACUGCACUCCAUCCUGGGCAACAAGAACAAAACUCCAUCUCAAAAAAAAAUAGAAACAUAACCCUAAGUCAUUUUUUUACUUCCAUUAAAUCACUUUAAAGGGAAAUAAAAAGGACUUACUACAAUCUUAUUUCUUGGAUUAAUAUUUUUAUACUCUGGCUGUUAGUUUGUGUUUAAAUCAUUGUAUUAGGUUUGAAUAAUCCACUGGGUAAUGUACCUUGCAUUUGCUAUGUUUUUACCUCAUGGCUUACACACAGUUUGAAUGGUUUUGUUUCUGCAUGUGUUUUAUAACACCUCUUCUAAGUAACAAACUGAUAUUGAGGCUUAUCCCUCCAUAUUGCCAGAAACCCUAGCAACACCAUAUUACUCCACUAAUUCUCAUUUGUGAAAAUUAGAAUUCCUUAACUCUCAUGAUAGAAUUUCUAAAUUUGGUAUUUAUUAUUAAGUCAUAUACUAAAUGUAAUGAACUUGUUAUUAAGAAAGAAGAGAGGAGGCUGGGUGUGGUGGCUCAUGCCUGUAAUCCCAGCAUUUUGGGAGGCCAAGGUGGGCACAUCACAAGGUCAGGAGUUCAUGACCAGACUGGCCAACAUGGUGAAACCCUGUCUCUACUAAAAAAUAUAAAAACUAGCUGGGCAUGGUGGCUCAUGCCUGUAAUCCCAGCUACUUGGGAGGCUGAGGUAGGAGAAUUGCUUGAACCAGGACCUGGGAGGCGGAGGUUGCUUUGAGCCUAGAUCAUGCCACUGCACUCCAGCCUGGGCUACAGAGCAACACUCCAUCUCAAAAAAAAGAAAAAGAAAGAGAGGACUAACCAAAAAUCAAAACCACAACCAAAGGAGGAAAAAAAAGAAAGAAAACAAAGAUGGGUGAAACUAUAUGCAAAAUGUAUAACAGAGCUAAUUGCCGUAUUAAAUAUGAAGAGCUCAUACAAAUUGCUAAGAAAAAUAGAUAAUAGACAAAUGAAGCUGGGUGCAGUGGCUCAUGACUUUAAUCUCAGCUCUUGGGAGGCUGAGGUGGGUGGAUCAUUUGAGGUCAGGAGUUUGAGAUUAGCCUGGCCAACAUGAUGAAACCCCAUCUCAGGCCAGGCCUGGUGGCUCAUGCCUGUAAUCCCAGCACUUUGGGAGGCUGAGGCGGGUGGAUCACGGGGUCAAGAGAUUGAGACCAUCCUGGUCAACUAGGUGAAACCCCGUCUCUACUAAAAAUACAAAAAUUAGCUGGGCAUGGUGGCGCGCACCUGUAGUCCUAGCUACUCGAGAGGCUGAGGCAGGAGAAUUGCUUGAACCCAGGAGUCAGAGGUUGCAGUGAGCUGAGAUCGUGCCAUUGCACUCCAGUCUGGGAAACAACAGUGAAACUCCGUCUCAAAAAAAAAGAAGACCAGCUUGGGCAGCAUGGGGAGACCCCAUCUCCACAAAAAUAGAAGAAAAUUACUGAGUAUGGUGGUACACAUGUAGUCCCAGCUAUUCUGGAGGCUGAGGUAGGAAGAUCGUUUGAGCCCAGGAGAGGUCAAGGCUGCAGUGAUUCACGAUCACAUCACUGCACUCCAGACUGGGCAACAGAGCAAAACCUUGUCUCAAAAAAAAAAAGUUGGGGGGGCGGGUGGCUAUUAUAACAAUAUUUUAUGUAUCUUUCAAAAUUACACUUUAGCACUUAUAAAUUAUAUAGCUAAUACUUUAUUGAUAGCAUUGUCCACCUUUUUUGGCUAUACUAUUUAUGAAGGAUCUUUUUUUUCUUUUUCUUUUUGAGACAGAGUUUUGCUCUUGUUGCCCAGGCUUGAGUGCAAUGGUGUGAUCUUGGCUCACUGCAACCUCCACCUUCCAGGUUUAGGUGAUUCUCCUGCCUCAGCCUCCCGAGUACCUGGGAUUACAGUCAUGCACCACCACUCCCGGUUAAUUUUAUAUUUUUAGUAGAGAGAGGGUUUCAUCAUGUUGGCCAGGCUGGUCUCAAAUUCCUGACCUCAGGUGAUCUGCCUGCCUCGGCCUCCCAAAGUGCUGGGAUUAAUUUUAACAGCUGAAUUUCAUUUGUAAUUUUACUUUCAAGAAUGUACUCUAGCCGGGCGCGGUGGCUCACGCCUGUAAUCCCAGCACUUUGGGAGGCCGAGGCCGGUGGAUCACGAGAUCAAGAGAUCGAGACCAUCCUGGUCAACAUGGUGAAACCCCAUCUCUACUAAAAAUACAAAAAAUUAGCUGGGCAUGGUGGCGUGUGCCUGUAAUCCCAGCUACUCGGGAGGCUGAGGCAGGAGAAUUGCCUGAACCCAGGAGGCAGAAGUUGCUGUGAGCCGAGAUCAUGCCAUUGCACUCCAGCUUGGGUAACGAAAGCGAAACUCCAUCUCAAAAAAGAAAAAAGUACUCUAGUAGGCUGAGGCAGGAGGAUCACUUGAGCCCAGGAGUUGGAGACUUCAGUGAGCUGUGAUCACACCACUGCACUCAGCCAAACCUGGGUGAUGAAGUGAGACCUUAUCUCUUAAAAAAAAAAAUCUUAGUUAGUGAGUUAUUUUAUGUCAUUUAUUGGUAGAUAUCUAACAUUUUAGACUUACUCAUUACCGGUUAACAUAGAAUCUAAUUGGAUGCAGCCUUUAUUUUUGAAAAAAAUAUUUAAUUUAUAGAAUAACAAAUUCUAAAACCUUAAGUGAAAUUUAUUCUUAAAUCUAACUCUAUCCGAAAAAAAAAAUUUAUCCCUUCCCACUUAUUUUCUGUGGUUUUGUGUUUAUUGAGCAUCUUCCUUUCUUACCCAAGUACCUUGAAUGUGUUGGAAAUGUAGUAGAAAGUUAGAGUAGGCAGUUGAUAUGUAAACCAAGUGUCAGAUCAGAUGAGAUGAAAGAGGUGGAACUUUAAUGCAAGUGAGAUCUGAUAAACAAUGAUGAAGGCAAACAUAGGGCAGUUGAGCCAAAGUCAGCCAGUUGGCAUAAUUGCCAAUAAAUGAGGCACUGUGUAAUAACUAAUAAUGAUUGGAAUCAAGGAAAAGAGCUUAGAGGAAUCAGCUAAAUUGGUGUGUUUUAUCCAUAGUUAUGUGACUAACAAAGGAUUAGAAAAAUCAUUCUCUAGAUAAUUUUUUAAUAAAACUAUAUAAAAUAAAUUAUUCACCGUUUUUCUUCACAGUAAGAAUGAUAAAAAUAUGUGUUCUUUGUAUUUAUCAAGUGACUCAAAUUUUGGCCACUUCAGUGUCACUGUUGGCUUCUAGAAUGAUUCUAGCAGAACUGAAGGUACUUAACUACCAAAUGGCUUUUUAAUUGAUAUUGAAGUAAGUAAUUUAAGUUUUGUAGCUUUUGGGGUUUUAAAAACUAUUUCACUGAUUUUGAUUUAUAUUCUUUUUGCUAGUUCAGAAGUGUAUUGUUAAGAACAUAAGCACAUAACUUUUUUUCUUUUUCUUUCUUUUUUUUUUUUGAGGCAGACUAUUGUGUGUUGCCCAGGCUAGAGUGCAGUGGCAUGAUCACAGCUUACUGUAGCCUCCACCUCUUGGGCUCUAGCAAUCUUCUUACCUCAGCCUCUGGAGUAGCUGGGACUAUAGGUGCAUACUAUCAUAGCCAGCUAAUUUUUUUUUUUUUUUUUUUUUUGAGAUGGAGUCUUGCACUGUCUCAUGGGCUGGAGUGCAACCUCCAUCUCCUGGGUACAAGUGAUUCUCCUGUCUCAGCCUCCCAAGUAGCUGGAAUUACAGGUGCCUGCCACCAUGCCCAGCUAAUUUUUUGUAUUUUUAGUAGAGACAGGUUUCACUCUCUUGGCCAGGCUGGUCUCAAACUCUUGAUCUCAUGAUACACCUGCCUUGGCCUCCCAAAGUGCUGGGAUUACAGGCAUGAGCCACCGCGCUUGGCUAAUUUUUUUUUUUUUUUUGAGUCAGGGUCUCCCUUUGUUGCUCAGGCCCAAGUAAUCCUCCCAUCUGGGCCUCCUGAAGUGUUGAGAUUGCAGAUGUGAGCCACCGCACCUGGUCCACAAAACAUUUUUUUAUGAACUAAGAGCUCUUUCAAACUUGUUAACAAAAUUUAAGGCAGUAUUAAUUCUGUGCAUGUGUUUGGGAAAUUGAAAACUUAAAUGAUGCUCAUUUGGCCCACAAAUGUAUAGUUCCAUUCUUUUAUAUAAAUAGAUUCUUAUUUAUAACCCCUAUGUCAAAAUUUGUUUCUUUUAUCUUAAAAUAGUUUGUGUAAAAAUCUUUACUGCUUUGUUAUGAAAUAAUGUUUAUUAUAGAAAACACAAAAAUGACAAACUCAGUCACUUAUAGUCUCAUUACUUGAAGUUAACCACUGUUAAGAUUCUUUUUUUUUGAGACUGAGUCUUGUUCUCUGUCACCCAGGAAUGCAGUGGCACCAUCUUAGCUCACUGCAACCUCUGCUUUCCAGGUUCAAGUGAUCCUCCCACCUCAGCCUCCCAAGUAGCUGGGAUUACGAGCAUGUGCCACCACACCCAACUAAUAUUUGUAUUUUUAGUACAGAUGGAGUUUCACCAUGUUGGCCAGGCUGGCCUCCAACUCCUAACCUCAAGUGAUCUGCCCACCUCAGCCUCCCAAAGUGCUGGGAUUACAGGUGUGAGCCACCAUACCCACCUCCACUGUUAAGAGUCUAAUGUAGGCUGGGCACAAUGACUCAUGCCUAUAACUCCAGCACUUUAGAAGGCCAAGGUGGCCUGAUCGCUUGAGCUUAGGAGUUUGAAACCAGCCUGGGCAAUGUGGGAAAACCUCGUCUCUAUAAAAAAAAAAAAAAAAACAACAGAAAAACUUAGUCGGGCCCUGUGGCCACCCAUAGUCUCAACUAUUUAGGAGGCUGAGGUGGGGGAAUGGCUUGAGCUCAGGUCAAGGCUGCAGUGAGCCAUGGUAGUUCCACUGCACUCCAGCCUGGUUGACAGAGCAAGACCCUGUCUCAAAAAAAAAAGAUACUGAUAUAGAUAAUUUUUAUGUAUAUGUAAUUUGUACAUAUUAUACAAAAUAUUAUUUGCAUUUAACAUAUUCUGAGGCUGGGUGUGGUUGGCUCACACCUAUAAUCCCAGCACUUUGGGAGGCCGAGGUGGGUGAAUCACCUGAGGUCAGGAGUUUGAGACCAGCCUAACCAACAUGGCGAAACCCCGGCUCUACUGAAUAAAAAGAAAAAUACAAAAAUUAGCCAGGAAUGGUUGUUGGCACCUGUAAUCCCAGCUACUCGGGAGGCUAAGGCAGGAGAAUUCCUUCAACCUGGGAGGCGGAAAUUACAAUGAGCCAAGAUCGCACCAUUGCACUCCAGCCUGGAAGGAAAAAAAAACAUAUUCUGAACCAAUAGUCUUUUCUACAACCAGGACAUUAGUAUUCUAGUCACUCUGAAUGUAGGCACAGAUUUUUGUCAUUCUUUUCUUUUUUUUUUUUUUUUGGAGACAGAGUCUCUCUGCGUUGCCCAGGCUGGAGUCAGGUGGUGUGACUCAGCUCACUGCAAACUCUGCCUCCAGGUUCAAGCAAUUCUCUUGCCUCAGCCUCCUGAGUAGCUGGGAUUACAGGCAUGUGCCACCAUGCCUGGCUAAUUUUGUAUUUGUAGUAGAGAUGCGGUUUCUCCAUGUUGUCAGACUGGUCUUAAACUCCCAACCUCGGGUGACACCAUCUCGGCUUCUCAAAGUGCUGGCAUUACAGGUGUGAGCCAUCGCAUCCAGCCUUUUUUGUUUGUUUGUUUGUUUUGAGACAGAGUCUCACUCUUAUUGCCCAGGCUGGAGUGCAGUGGUGCAAUCUCAGCUCACUACAACCUCUGCCUCUCGGGUUCAAGCGAUUCUCCUGUCUCAGCCUCCCAAUAGCUAGGACUACAGGCAUGUGCCACCAUGCCUGGCUAAUUUUGUAUUUUUAGUAAAGACAGGGUUUCUCCAUGUUGGUCAGGCUGGUCUUGAACUCCUUACAUCAGGUAAUCCACCCACCUAGGCCUCCCAAAGUGCUGGGAUUACAAGUCUGAGCCACUGCACCUGGCGCCCCCCCCACCUUUUUUUUUUGAGAUGGAGGUUUGCUCUUGUCACUAGGCUAGAAUGCAAUGGUGCAAUCUUGGCUCACUGCAACCUCUGCCUUGAGGUUCAAGUAAUUCUGCCUCAGCCUCCCGAGUAACUGGGACUACAGGCACAUGCCACCUUGCCCAGCUAGCUUUUUGUUUUUUGGGGGGCGGGGUUUGGAUUUUUAGUAAAGACGGGAUUUCUCCAUGUUGGUCAGGCUGGUCUCAAACUUCUGACCUCAGGUGAUCCGCUCACCUUGGCCUCCCAAAGUGCUGGGAUUACAGCCAUGAGCCACUAUGCCCGGCCCCAUCCUGUUUCUUCUGUAUCUUAUCACUAAAUGAUCAAGGAACCAGGAAAUGUUUAAAGAUAAGGGUUUUUUAUGAGGUUAGUGAGAGCAUUAUUUCCCACAAUGUCUCAUGAAACACCAUCCUAUAAGAUACUCUGAGAAGUUUCCUUGAUCAUAUUCAUUCUCAGAUUCUCCAUACUAUAUUCUUUCAGAUAUUUAGAAGAUAUAUAUUAAUAUCGGAAGUGCUGAAAAGUCCUACUGUAAAGAAAGUUAUUUUAACUUGGUUAAAUUCUGAAUGUUCCAAAUGUAUUUGAUGAAGGUACUCUUUUUUCCAAUAACAUCUAUGAAACCAAUUCCUGUAAAAUUCAGAUUUCAUAGAAGUUAUCUCUUGUAGAACAGAACCCAUUUUGCCCAACAUGAUAUAGAGACAAAUUUCUUAAACUAUGAAUGGGUCCAGAGAUUCUCUAGUCUAAGAAUGACCAUAGCCUUAAAAGUGAACCACGUGAAUACCAAAUUUUCUCCCUUACUUCCACCUCUCUUCUGCCAGAGCCCAGUGUGUCCUCUAGCUCUACUGAUGCCUAUCCCUGUUCUGAUUUUUCCAUUCCUGCCCAAAGGAAGGAGACCCAUUUGUCAGAUAACAGUUGCCUAUUCAGCGUGUGUGCCAGAUCUUAUGCUACACACUGGAGAUAUAGCAGUGAACAAAACAGACAUGGCAUUAUUACUGUAUUCUCUGUCUUUUCCUGUGCUUCACCCCUGGAGGGAGAACCCCACAAUCUCAUGUCCCAGAGCUUUACCACCUUGAAUCCUCUAACACCCAGAGCUCUCCGGGUCCUGGGUUAUGAAGCAGCUUGAUAUGGUUUGGCUCUGUGUCCCCACCAAAUAUCAUUUUGUAGCUCCUAUAAUGCCCACAUGUUGUGGGAGGGACCCAGUGGGAGAUGACUGAAUCAUGGGGGCGGGUCUUUCCUGUGCUGUUCUCAUGAUAGUGCACGGGUCUCAUGAUAUCUGAUGGUUUUAAAAAUGGGAGUUUCCCUGCACAAGCUCUCUCUGUCUGCUUUCAUCCAUGUAAGAUGUGACUUACACCUCCUUGCCUUCCACCAUGAUUGUAAGGCCUUCCCAGCCAAAUGGAACUGUAAGUCCAAUAACCCUCUUUAUUUUGUAAAUUGCCCAGUCUCGAGUAUGUCUUUAUCAGCAGUGUGAAAACAAACUGUUACAGUAAAUUGGUACCAGUAGAGUGGGGCACUGCUGAAAAGAUACCCAAAAAUGUGGAAGUGACUUUGGAACUGGGUAACAGGCAAUGGUUGGAAUAGUUUGGAGAGCUCAGAGGAAGACAGGAAAACAUGGGAAAGUCUGGAACUCCCUAGAGACUUGUUGAAUGGCUUUGACCAAAAUGCUGACGAUGAUCUGGAUGAGGAAAUCCAGGUUGAGGUGGUCUCAGAUGGAGAUGAGGAACUUGGGAACUGGAGCAAAGAUGACUUUUGCUAUGUCUUAGCAAAGAGACUGGUGGCAUUUGACCCUGCCCUAGAGAUUUGUGGAACUUUGAACUUGAGGGAGAUGAUUUAGGGUAUCUGGUGAAAGAAGUUUCUAAGCAGCAAAGCAUUUAAGAGUUGACUUGGGUGCUGUUAAUGGCAUUCAGUUUUGUAAGGGAAGCAGAGCAUAAAAGUUUGGAAAAUUUGCAGCCUGACAAUGCAAUAGAAAAGAAAAUCCUAUUUUCUGAGGAGAAAUUAAAGCCAGCUGCAGAAAUUUGCAUAAGUAAUGAGGAGCUGAAUGUUAAUCCCCAAGACAAUGGAGAAAAUGCCUCCAAGGCAUGUCAGAUACCUUCACAGUAGCCCCUUCUAUCACAGGCCCAGAGUACUAGGAGGAAAAAGUGGUUUCUGUGGGCUGGGCCCAGGAUCCCUGUGCUGUGUACAGCCUAGGGACUUGGUGCCCUGUGUCCCAGCUGUUCCAGCCAUGGCUGAAAGGGGCCAACAUAGAGGUCAGGCCAUGGCUUCAGAGGGUGCAAGCUCUAAGUCUUGGCAGCUUCCACAUGGUGUUGAGCCUGCAAGGGCACAUCAAAAAUUGGAGUUUGGGAACCUCUGCUUAGAUUUCAGAGGAUGUAUGGAAACUCCUGGAAGUCCAGGAAGAAGUUUGCUGCAGGGGCAGGGCACUCAUGGAGAACUUCUGCUAGGACAGUGCAGAGGGAAAUGUGGGGGCUCUGACCUCAUUGGGGUACUACUUAGUGGAGUUGUGAGAAGAGGGCCACCAUCUUCUAGACAACAGCAUGGUAGAUCCACCAACAGCUUGCACCAUGCAUCUGGAAAAGCCACAGACACUCAAUGCCAGACCAUAAAAGCAACUGAGAGGAAGGCUGUACCCUGCAAAGCCACAGAGGCAGAGUUGCCCAAGGCCAUGGGAACCCACUUUUGCAUCAGCAUGACCUGGGUGUGAGACAUGGAGUCAAAGGAGAUCAUUUUGAAGCUUUAAGAUUUGACUGCUCCACUGUAUUUCAGACUUGCACCUGGCCUGUAGCUCCUUUGUUUUGGCCAAUUUCUCCCAUUUGAAAUGGCUGUAUUUACUCAAUGCCUGUACCACAUUGUAUCUAGGAAGUAACUAACUUGCUUUUGAUUUUAUAGGCUCACAGGUGGAUAGGACUUGCCUUGUCUUGGUUGAGACUUUGGACUGUGGGCUUUUGAGUUAAUGCUGAAAUGAGUUGACUUUGGAGGACUGUUGAUUUUGAAAUAUGAGGACAUAAGAUUUGGGAGGGGGCAGGGGUGGAAUGACAUGGUUUGGCUGUGUCCCCAUCCAAAUUUCAUCUUGAAUUCUCACAUGUUGUGGGAGGGACCUGGUGAAAGUUAAUUGCAUGCUGUUCUUAUGAUAGUAAGUCUUAUGAGAUCUGAUAGUUUUAAAAAAAUCGGAGUUUCCCUGCACAAGCUCUCUUCUCUUGUCUGCUGUCACACAUGGUGGCAGCACUAUGUGUGAUGUGCCUUUUGCCUUCCGCUAUGAUUGUGAGGCCUCCCCAGCCAUGUGAAACUGUAAAUCUAUUAAACCUCUUCCUUUUGUAAAUUGCCCAGCUUUGGGUAUGUCUAUCAGCAGUGUGAAAACGGACUAAUACACAGCUCAAGAACCCUUUGGGUUAGUGGGGGAAAUGAACAUAGGAAGGAACCUGGAGAUAACUACAUGACAAAGGUCACAGGAGACUUCCAUCAUAGGCUAUGGUUGGGGAAGGAGCACAAGGAACUGUUGGGAGUGAAACCAUCACUGUAUUUACUUUCUCCUUUUUUUUUCCUUUCUUCCUUCCCCCUUUCCCUCCCCCAUCCCUCCUUCCCUCCCUUCAUUUCCUCCUCUCCUCCCCUUCCCUUCCCUCCCCUCGUCGCUUCUUGACAGAGCCUCACUCUGUUGCCCAAGCUGGAGCACAGUGGCGCCGUCUUAGUUCACUCCACCCUCUUGCCUCCCAGGCUACAGGCAUGCACUUCCACACUUGGCUAACCUUUAAACUUUUUUGUAGAGACGAUGUCUCACCCUAUUGCCUGGGCUGGUCUCAAACUUCUGGAUUCAAGCAAUCCUCCCACCUUGGCCUCCCAAAGUGCUAUUACAGGCAUGGACAUUUCACUUUGUUUUCAAUGUAUAAGGAAGAUGAUGAAACUAGAUAUCUUAUCAAGGAAUACUUUCAACAUUGAUGCUGAUUAGGAAUACUAGAGAACUUUCAAAGUAAGAAGAAACAAAGCUAAGAAUUAGUUUGGCUAAGUUACCAGGGAAUAUUUAUUAUAGUCAUCCGUAUUAAUUGUUGCUUAAUUAUACUGCAGUACUAGGUGUGUUUGGCUUUCAUAAUUCGUUGCAUAUAUUGCAAGGUCAUCAACUAAUAGCUAAUUGAUUUUUAGAGCUUGAAAGGACCUUGUAGAGAUUGUAUGGACAUAGCCUACUCACAAUUUAAAAUUAUAAAGGGAGAAUGCCCAGGGAUUCUGGGGGUAGAAAGUAACAUUUUUAGGCUUUCAUGUUGCAUUUUUCAUAUAGGGCCUUCUGAAAAUAUGUGCUUAAGUCUAGGCAGCUAUUAUAUUCAUAGGAAUUUUUAAGCUUUCAAGGAAGUGUAGAUUCAGAAGAAAUUUGAAAACAAUUUUUAAAAAAUAUUCUUGAUACAGAACCUUUGAGGGAGAUGCAAAUGUUCUGAAUGCCAAAUUUACUUAGAUUUAAAAAUACAUAUCUUCAAGCAGUUACCAUGACAACCUUUCUUAAUGUGUGUAUAAAUUUUAUCUCUCUCUUUGAGGUUUUUAUAUUUUCCAAUACAGGGUCUAAUUACAAGAAUUGAGCUCUGUGGUAUAUUUAUAUCUGGAUGGUGCCCUGUAGAAAUUAUAUAAUUGAAAAUGCAAAUCAAGCAAUAGGGCAGUUCUAUAGCACAGUGAUGCCACGAAGGUAAAUGUCAUCUUACUCUCUCUGUGAUCAGAGAUUUAUCUGGUUUCAAACCCAAGAUGAAAUUUGGGAUUGAAGUAGAACUGUGAAUCUGUUCUGCUUAUCCUUUUUCAUAUCUAGAAGAUUUACAAGAUGAUCUUAGGAAGUUUGGUACAUUCUGGACCAACUCUCUUGGGUAGCCCUAAAACUGAUCCAGCUUCCUCAGACUCUUCUAAAUCUAAUCAAUAGCUAAUAUCAUAGGAUGUCUCAGAACCAUAAGACUCGUCUCUCUGAUGGCAUGCAUGUGCACACAGAUAAGCCAGGGGCUGCUUUCAGCCUGAGCCCCAGUCUAGCAAGGCUCAGGGGAUACCACUUCACUUCCUUUAACCCAUUUCCAUGCCCAGCCUUCCAAUUAAAACAAAUUAUUUAAUUUACAUAUUCAGAGUAUGAUUUUCUUUUGGUUUCACUUUAUUCUCUAAAGGAGGAAUUUAGGCUGGGCACAGUGGCUCAUGCCAGUAAUCCCAGCACUCAGAGGCCAAAGCAGGAGGAACACUUAAGGCCAGGAGUUGAGACCAGCCUGAGCAACACAGACUCUAUCUCUACAAGAAAAUUAAAUUAGCUGGGUGUGGUGGUGUGUAUCUGUAGUCCCACCUACUUGGGAGGCUGAGUGGGGAGGACUGCUUGAACCCUGGAGGUGGAGAUUGCAGUGAGAUAUGAUCGUGCACCACUGCAAUUCAGCCUAAGGUCUUAUUCUGCAAUUGAGACAGAAUAAGACCCUGUCUCAAAAAUAAAAUUAAAAAGGAAUAAUUUAAAACAAACAAAAAAGGCCAUCUAAGAUAAAAAGAACUGGCUAAAUUAGGAUAAUAUGCUAUUGAUAACAGAGAAAUAGGAUAAUAGUCUCCUAAAAACAAACAAAACACUUGAAAGAUGUCCCACAGUCCAUGUUAUGAUGUUUUUAGUUCAUUUGUAUUUUAAGAGGCACAAUCACUGCUGUCUGUAUAAUUUGUGAGACCUACUUGGGAGAGGAAAUCUCUUCUCAUGGCACUGCCUUUUCAACCUUUGGUGAAUGUGACCCCAAGGAACUGAAAUCUCUUGCACUGGGCCACUUUAUUGACUGGGGUGGGCUCUAGCCCUGCCAAGUCACCUAGUGAACAUACUGUGGUGCUUCCAGCCCAAAGCAGAUUUGACUGUUUUCUUGCUUUUCCUCAAGAUACUGCAAAACAGACUGCUUGUGGGCCCUCUCCAACCUGCACCCAGAUCCUUACUGGAGGCUGAGGGUGACCACAGGGAAAAGUGAACCUCACCUCCGCUCUCCUGCCAAUGUGAUCCAAUGGCUGCUUGGGGCAGAAGGCAAUAGCGGUUGUAGUAGUGAGCAGGGUUGGGGAGAGGGAGGCUGGUUGGUGUCCAGGGCACCAAGGGGCAGGAAGCUAGUCACUGAGAACCUGUAGAGGGAAGCAUGGAGGUGGGCUCCACGUCCCUGGUGCAUGCUCCUCCAUGGUCCCAUUGGACUUAACUUACAAGACACAAAUUCAAAAAUGAAACAAUUAAGAAUUUAGCCAGGUACGACGACUCACGCCUGUAAUCCCAGCACUUUGGGAGACCGAGGUGGGCAGAUCACUAGGUCAGGAGAUCAACAUCAUCCUGGCUAACAUGGUGAAAACCCACCUCUACUAAAAAUUCAAAAAAUUAGCAGAGCGUGGAGGCACAUGCUUGUAGUCCCAGCUACUCAGGAGGCCGAGGCAGGAGAAUCACUUGAACCCAGUGGGGAAGGCUGCAUUGAGCCAAGAUUGCACCACUGCACUCCAGCCUGGGUGAUAGAGCAAGACGCCACCUCAAAAUAAAUAAAUAAAUAAAAUUAAAAGAAUUUAGGCCAAACACAGUGGCUCAUGCCUAUAAUCCCAGCACUUUGGGAGGCUGAGACCAUCCUGGCCAACAUGGUGAAACACCAUCUCUACCAAAAACACAAAAAUUCGUUGAAUGUGGCAGUGUGUGCCUGUAAUCCUAGCUCCUAGGGAGGCUGAGGCAGGAGAAUCUCUUGAACCUGGGAGGCAGAUGUUGCAGUGAGCCAAGGUUGCGCCACUGCACUCCAGCCUAGCAACAGAGCUGGACUCUGUCUCAAAAAAAAAAUUUUUUUUAAGUGCCUUCAAAGCAUUAAACCCCAAGCAUAGUGCCCCUCUGAGCAGUGGAAUUCUGAGCAACUAUAAGGGUUGCAACAACCCAUGGAGCUGGCCCCCGACAUGUCUGACCUUAGAGGGCAUGGUGCUUGUGAUUUGGUGUUUGAGGGCUAUCCUUCUUGGUUGUAUGAUAGUUGUCCUUGCAAAUAUCCGUAAGUGUCUCAUUCAUGAUUUAUCUUUUAGGUGAUUUAAAUCUCUCUAGAAUGUCUUACAAUUCUUUACAACAUAGGCAAGAAUAGAUCCCAAUCUUUGUGUAAAAAAUAAAACGACAAAAAAAAACAAUUUCAUAAUACACAUUUAUUAAAGUUGGAAAAGUAUAUAUAAAUUUUUUGAAACAUGGUCUCACUCUGUUGCUUAGGCUGGAGUGCAGAGGCAUGAUCAUUGCUCACUGUAGCCUCAACCUCCAGGGCUCAAGCGAUCCUCCCACCUCAGCCUCCUGAGUAGCUGGGACCACAGGCUCGAGCCACCAGGCCUGGCCAGUUUUUGUGUUUUUUUGUAGAGAUGAGGUUUCACCAUAUUGUUCAGGCUGGUCUCAAACUCCUGGACUCAAGUAAUUCCCCCCACCAGGUUGGCCUUUUAAAGUGCUGGGAUUACAGGUAUGAGCCAUCACAUGCUGUCAAAAGAAUUCCAAUACACUAAAAAUCUCUUUUCUUAAACCAUUUCACUCAUGAAACUCUACUUUUCUGUAUAUUAACCAUAAUUGCCAAAAAAAUUUCUGCUGGAAGAAAAAUUUCUGCAGGGAAAAUGAUGUUUUCCCCUGAAAUAUCAUUAUAAAACCCUAUGAAAUAUUUCAGUGAUAUGAAUCAUUCACUUAGUCAUAUGGGUAGACAUUUAGAUAAUAGAAGUAGUUAACAGAAAUCUGUGAGAAAUAUAUUGUUAAUUCCUGUGGAGGAGGAAGGAAGAAAUCCUACUGAAAUAUUUUAAGUGUAGUUAAAUUCAGUGUUCCCUGCCAUUUUAAAAUAUCAAGAUUAUUCUGUUCUACUCCAUUCUUUCCAAGGAGAUACAUAAAACAACUUUGAUAAAAUUAUGAAUCAGUUUUUGUUUGCUGUUAACCUAUUCUACAUUCCAUUUCAUGAAAAUAGCAAUUGGUGGCCAAGAAAACCCUUAUUCUUAUCAACCUCAUACUACACAAAUGAGACAUUAUUACCAAGCACCAUAGUAUUCAGUUAGCAAUUUUGUCAACGUAUAACCUCUUUGUUUGCGAUAUUAUUGCAAUGGACAAGAAACUAAUUGUUUUUUAAAAAAUUAGCAAGGUUUGAAAAUCAUACAUAUGAUAGGUCAGUUAAUAUUCAGCAUACAUGUUCUAAUGGUAUUAAUGCAUAAUCACAAAAACUGUUACAUUUCAAACCCUGUAAUUUAUAUUAGUAAAUGAAGGUUAGUGUACUUUUCAGUAAUAAAAACUCAGUUAAUACAUUUUGAAACUUGAAGUUUAAGAAAAUCUUCAGAAUAAUUUAAAACAAAAAUAUGAAUAGGCUAGACACAGUGGCUCAUGCCCGUAGUCCCAGCUACUUGGGAGACUGGGGCAGGAGAAUGAGGCGGACAGAUCACCCAGGAACUUGAGGUUGCAGUGAGCUAAAACAGCACCACUCCACUCCAGCCUGGGUGACAGCAAGACCCUGUCUCUAAAAAAUGAAAAUUUAAAUAUAAAGUAUUUUUAAAAGACAUUUUCUAGGCUGGGUGUGGUGGCUCAAGCCUGUAAUCCCAGCACUUUGGGAGGCCGAGGCAGGUGGAUCACGAGGUCAGGAGAUCGAAACCAUCCUGGUCAACAUGGUGAAACCCCGUCUCUACUAAAAAUACAAAAAAUUAGCUGGGCAUGGUGGCAUGUGCCUGUAAUCCCAGCUAUUCAGGAGGCUGAGGCAGGAGAAUUGCCUGAACGCAGGAGGCGGAGGUUGCGGUGAGCCGACUUCGCGCCAUUGCACUCCAGCCUGGGUAACAAGAGCGAAACUCCGUCUCAAAAAAAAGACAUUUUCUACCCUAUUCUUUCUUUUCCUUUCUUUCUUUCUCUUUCUUCCUUCCUCCCUCCCCCCUCUCCCCUUGCUUCUCUCUUUCUUUCUUUCUUUUGAGAUGGGGUUUCGCUCUGUCACCCAGAGGUGGGAUCAUGGCUCACGGCACCACCUCAACUCCCUGGGCUCAAAUGAUCCUCCUGCCUCAGCCUCCCCAGUAGCAGAGACAACAGGCACAUGCCAGCAAGCCUGGCUAAUUUUUUAUUUUUUGUAGAGACAGGGUUUCACCAUGUUGGUUAGGUUGGUUUCAAACUCCUGGAGUCAAGUGAUCCUCCCACCUCUGCCUCCCAAAGUGUUGGGAUUACAGGCCUGAGCUACCACACUCAGCUGGCUACCCCAUUCUUUUUCUUUUUUGAGAUGGAGUCUCCCUCUGUCACCUAGACUGGAGUGUGGUGGCACAAUCUUGGCUCACUGCAACCUCCACCUUCCAGUUUCAAGCAAUUCUCCUGCCUCAGCCUCCUGAGUAGCUGGGGUUACAAGCGUGAGCCACCAUACCCAGCUAAUUUUUUGUAUUUGUAGUGGAGACAAGGUUUCACCAUGUCAGUCAGGUUGGUCUCAAACUCCUGACCUGAAGUGAUCCACCUGCCUUCAUUUCCCAAAGUGUGGGGAUUGCAGACAUGAGCCACCGUGCCUGGCCUACCCCAUUGUUAUACCUAGAACUACAUUAUGGUGCAUAAUUUCAAAUUUAUACUGUCUACUCUCUUAUGGUUUAAUGUUUAAAAAUUUUAAUCUCUUUAUCUUUUAGGAAGCUCUUUAUUUUGGUAUUGCUGAUAAGAAAACCACUAUACAUUACUAAAUAUUAAAAUAUAAUCCCUUCAGGUUAUGUUCUGGGUGUACAAUAUGUCUUCUCUCUCUCUCUCUUUUUUUUUUUUUUUUUUUGAGACAAGGUCUUGCUGUGUUGCCCAGGCUGGAGUGCAGUGGUGCCAUCAGGAUCAAGGCUCACUGCAGCCUCAACUUACCCAGCUCAAGUGAUCCUCCUGCCUCAGCCUCCCAAGUAGCUGGGACUACAGAUGCAAGCCACCAAUGCCUAGUUAAUUUUUGUAUUUUUUGUAGAGACGGGCUUUUGCCCUAUUGUUCAGGCUGGUCUUAAACUCCUGAGCUCAGUGGAUCUGUCCACCUCGUGAGCCAGCAUGCCUGGCCUCUCUUCUUUAUAAGGGUAAUUUUCAGUCAAGUGUGGUGGCUCACACCCAUAAUUCCAAUACUUUGGGAGGACGAGGUGGGCUGAUUUGCUUGAGCUCCGGAAUUCGAGACCAACCUGGUCAACAUAGUGAGACUCCAUCUCUACAAAAGGAAAAUAAUACAAAAAUUAGUUAGGCUUGAUGGUGUGCACCCUGUAAUGUUAACUACCCUGGAGGCUGAGGCAGCAGAAUAGCUUGAGCCCAGGAAAUAGAGGUUGCAGUGAGCCAUGAUCAACCCACCACACUCCAGCCUGGGUGACACCAGGUCUUGAGCACGAGCCUGUUUCAAGGGAAAAAAAAAAUUUUUUUUGGAGCUUCCAGGUGGAGCUUCCAGGUAUCUGAACAUGUGGAGGUUCCUGGAGGGUAGCAGCCCGGGGAAGGCACAAAAACUCCAUACCCUUCCUUUAUACCUUGCCCUAUGCACCUCUUAUAUGUGAAGAGACCAGGGAUGGGAACACAGAGGAAAGGCCAUAUGAGGACACAGAAAGAAGAUGACCAGUAAGGCCAGAGGAGAGGCCUCAGGAGAAACCCAGACUACCAGCACCUUGAUCCUUGAUCUUGGACUUCCAAGAACUAGAGCUCUAGAACUAGGAUGCAGCAGCUCUACUGGAAGGUCUAUGUGGUGAGGAACUAAAACCAAGAAUGAGGAGCUGAGAUUUCCAUCAAGAAGAUGUGGAUGAGUCAUCUUGGAAGCAGAUUCCCCAGCCCCGUCAAGCCUUCAGAUGAUAGCAUCCCUGGCUGACAUCUGAACUACACUCUCAUGAGUGACUUAGCCACACCACCCAGUGGAGCUGCUCCCAAAUUCCUGAUUCUCAGAAACUGUGUGAGAUAAUCAUUGUUAUCUUUUUCCAAAAAAGGUAGUUUCUUCUUUAAAAAUGUUAUUUAUUUGGGUAGCAGAUAAUAUGAGGGUAUUUUCAUUGAUUUUGUUGGAUAUAAAAUGAUAUUGUAGCCAGGCACCGUGGCUCACACCUGUAAUCCCAGCACUCUGGGAGGGAGAGGCAGGCAGAUCCCCUGAGGUCAGGAAUUCUAGAUCAGCCCGGCCAACAUGCUGAAGCCCCAUCUCUACUAAAAAUAUAAAAAUUAGCUGGGUAUGGUGAUGGGCACCUGUAGUUCCAGCUACUCAGGAGGAUGAGGCACAAAAAUCAUUUGAACCCAGGAGGCAGAGGUUGUAGUGAGCCAAAAUUGUACCAGUGCACUCCAGCCUGGGCAACAGAGUGAGUGAGAUUCGAUCUCAAAAAAAAAAAAAGAUAUUGUGAUUAUGUAGCAAAAUGUCCUUGUUUUUUAGAGAUAUAUACUAAACUAUGUAGGGGUUAUAUGUCCUGAUGACUGUAAUUAUAUUUAAAAUUCUCCAGUAUAAGAAUAAAAUGAGAAGACAAGGUAAAAAUAGAAUACAUUGUUACAUCUAAUUAAUGACUAUUUGUGUAUUCAUUAUAUUAUUCUCCAUAUUUGUAUGUUUGUAGUUUCAUAAUAAAGAGCAAAGGGUGGGUGUGGUGGCUCAUACCUGUAAUCCCAGCCCUUUGAGAGGCCAAGGCAGGAAGAUCACUUGAGCUCAGGAGUUUAAGAAGCCUAGGCAACAUAGCGAGAAUCUGUCUGCAAAAAUACAGGUGUGUGCCUGUAGUUCCAGAUACUUGGAAGGCUUAGGUAGGAGGAUCACUUGAGGCCGGGAGGUCAAGGCUACACUGAGCAAAGAUCAGACCACUGUACUCCAGCCUAGGUGACAAAGUGAGACCUUGUCUCAAAAAACAAAAAUAUUGUGGCCUGGUGCAGUGGCUUAUGCCUGUAAUCCCAGCACUUUGGGAGGCCAAGGCAGGCAGAUCACCUGAGGUCAAGAGUUUGAGAUCAGCCUGGCUUUCAUGGUGAAACUCCAUCUCUACUAAAAAUAGAAAAAUUAGCCAGGUGUGGUGGUGCACACCUGCGAUCCCAGCUACUUGGGGAGGCUGAGGCAUAAGAAUCGCUUGAACCCAGGAAGUGGAGGUUGCAGUGAGCUGAGAGCAUAGCUCCAGCCUCAUCAAUAGAGCAAGACUCCCAUCUCAAAAAUAAAUAGGCCACCCCCCGCCAAAAAAUUGUAUUCAUACAGCUAUAAAGCAUGGAAUGCUAUAUUGCACAGUUGUAUUACAGUGUAAGACUUAAAAAAAAAAAGUUAUUUGGUCCUUUUUUUAAAAAAAAGAAACAGGAUAUCAUUGUUGCCCAGACUAGAGUGCAGUGGCAUGACUGUAGCUCACUGCAGCCUCAAACUUCUGGGUUCAAGUGAUCCUCCCAUCUCAGCCUCCCUAGUAGUGGGGACUAUAGGCAUGUACCACUAUAGCUGGCUAAUUCAAUUUGUGUAAAGACGGGGUCUCACUAUGUUGCAGGGGCUUCUCAAACUCCUGAGUUCAAGGAAUCUGCUAGUAUUGGCCUUCCAAAGUGCUAGGAUUACAGGCAUGAGCCACCACACCUGGCCAGUCACAUCAUUUCUGAUUACAAAACUCUGUAUGCAUUUCUCCGGAGUAUUGUGUAAUAUCUAACAGAUAACUUAAAUCAAGUUGAUGAUAAAAUUACUAAAAAGAAUUCAUCUUGGGUUGCAUUAAUAAAAGUAUCCUUUCUGGGCCAGCACAGUAGCUCAUGCAUAUAAUCCUAGCACUUUGGGAGGCUGAGGCGGGCGGAUUACGAGGUCAGGAGUUUGAGACCAGCCUGGUCAACAUGGUGAAACCCGGUCUCUACUAAUAAUACAAAAAAUUAGCCAGGUGUGGUGGCACGUGCCUGUAAUCCCAGCUACUCAGGAGGCUGAAGCAGGAAAAUCACCUAAACCUGGGAGGCAGAAGUUCCAGUGAGCCAAGAUUGCACCACUGCACUCCAGCCUAGGUGACAGAGUGAGACUGUCUCAAAAAAAAAAAAAAAAAGUCUCCUUUCUAGUUUGGGGAGAUAAAACUCUCAGUGGACUUGUAAAAAAUAAUCCAUGUUUGGUUGGGCACGGUGGUUUACACCUGUAAUCCCAGCACUUUGGGAGGCUGAGAUGGGCCGAUCACUAGGUCAAGAGAUUGAGACCAUCCUGGACAACAUGGUGAAACCCUGUCUCUACUAAAAUACAAAAAAUUAGCUGGGCGUGGUGGUGCGCACCUGUAGUCCCAGCUACUCGGGAGGCUGAGGCAGGAGAAUUGCUUGAAGCUGGGAGGUGGAGGUUGCAGUGAGCUGAGAUCAUGCCACUGCACUCCAGCCUGGCACCUGGAGAAAGAGCAAGACUCUGUCUAAAAAAAAAAAAGAAAGAAAGAAAAAAUAAUCUAUGUUCAUUUUAGAGAAAUUUAGAUGAAUAAAACAAAAAAAACAUACAAUUCUGCCAUUCAGAUUACACACACACACACACACACACACACACUAUACAUUUACAAAUUACCUUUUAGAAAGGGUAUAUCAAAUUAAAUUCAUGAGUAUGUAUAGUUGGUAUUGUCAUUCUUUGUAAUCUUUGUCAAUCUGAUAGGUGAGAAAUGUUUUUAUUUUACUUGCAUUUCUUUGAUUAUUGGGAUAUCAAACCUUUUUUAGUCACAUUUAUCAAUCAUUUGUAUUUCUUAUUUUGUAAAUUUGCCUGUUUAUGUCCUUUUCUCUAUUGGGUAUUCUAAGAACUUUUUAUGUAUUCUUUAUAUAUUAAAAACGUUAACCAUUUAUCAUAAA